GGUCCCCCUGACACAACAAAUCCCGAACCCCGAGAGAGCUCUACAAUCUACAAUCUACGCACGUGAUUUCCAAAUUUUCGUCAGCUUUCUUUUUGAUGAUGAACCUGGCUCAAAGGCCCACAAAUUUGGGCAAACAGAACGGAGCCGUGGUGCUGGAGGUCGUGAAGGUGCUGGGCCGUCCCGUCACCAUCGCGGAGGUGGCCCAGCGAGUGUCGACGGUGUACAAGCUGCCGCUGGACCGCAUCCAGCCCGUGGUGGCCUAUGUGCUUCGAGCGGGCGAGGCCAGCGGGUUCUUCGAGUGCCACUUGGGCUGCUACUCGCCGGUUCCCAGCGUGGUGGAGCAACUGCGUCGCGACAUUGAUGAGUAUGCGGCCAAAAUACUUGCCGGGGGCAAGACCGAGAUCUCCCCGCUGAUGCGGAAGCUCCAGCGGUUGGACAAAACCGCACUGAUCCCCGGAAGCAGACUUCGUCUGGUGUACCUGCACGAUGCGGUACAUCCAAAGUGGAUAUCAGUCGACGAUAAUGAAUGAGAAGAGUCACAAAAUAAACCGAAAUUUAAUCCCAUUCGAGGCUUGGAAAAUGGGGCAAUGA